AGAGAUGCCCAGUGUGAUAUCACCAGGCCCAACUCCUAUGAAUCCUUCACUCCCCCCAAGGGCUUUGGAGCCAAGUGGAGACUCUGCCCUGAUAGCAGGAACCCUGUCCUGCCACUGUCAGCCACAGGACACCGGGGGGCAGAGAUGGAGCUCAGAGUCAGUCAGGACUUCUGCAGGAGCUGGGUGGCAGUCAGACCAAGGCCGUGGGCCUAGCUAUGGGCAGAUGAAAGAAGACAGUGCAUUCCAGGUGCAGGACCAGCUAGGGCAGAUGCUUGGUGGUGGGGUGGCAGUGAGCAGGGCAGGAGGCAUCGUACAAGGUACUGAUACCUAGCCCGGAGCCUCCGUCUCCCACGGCGGCGGGAGGAGACACGCGUGGGCUCGUCGUAGCCAGAGACGGACAUGCGCAGGAAGCACACAGGGCGUUGUCUGACUCUCCAGGAAGGGAGGUUGUUUCCAUCCCAGCUCACCCGCUCCCUGGACAUUAGUCCUAAUGCCUGCUUGGACAACAGCCCCGGCCCCACACCUCGGGCCCCCCGUGAGCGCUGUGGGCACCUCCACCACCGCCCCUGCCCCUGCCCCGGCCUCCAAACCUUUCCAGCUCAAGCCCAAAUCGGCUCAAGUGGUGCCCAUUGAAGAGUUCCAAGACUGUGAGUGCUAUGGCCACUCCAACCGCUGCAGCUACAUCGACUUCCUAAACGUGGUGACCUGCGUCAGCUGCAAGCACAACACGCGAGGCCAGCACUGCCAGCACUGCCGUCUGGGCUACUACCGCAACGGCUCCGCCGAGCUGGACGACGAGAACGUGUGCAUAGAGGAGCUCUGA